UAGUCUUAGGUGUGACACGAUAGUAUACCCAUGGCGGCGGUUAAAAUUCAUUUACGCCACUAUAUUUUAUAUGAAUUUCAACAAGGCAGAAGCGCACCAGAAGCAUGUAGAAAUUUAUUGAAAAUGUUUGGUGAAGGUACAGUUUCUGAUAGGACAUGCAGGAGAUGGUACGAAAAAUUUGAAACGGGUGAUUUCGAUCUUUCUGAUAAGCCACGUUCUGGGCGACCAAGUUUAAUCGACGACAAUGUUGUUAAGGCAAUAUUGGAGCAAGAACCUUCUCUGACAACAUCGGAGAUCUCAAACAGGCUUAAUUCAGCUCAACAAACCGUUUCCGAUCACAUUCGGAAGUUAGGAUUGGCGAUGGAUGACUCAAUAGGUGUGCGAAAAUACGCGCUAAAGGAAAGAGAAAGUAAAAAUUACAAUAUUGAAAAGUUAUGCGACGAACAAAUUCCACUCAAGACAUUGCGAUUGAGCAAGGGAAAACCGAAGUUGCCCACAAAACAAAUUAAGCCGAGCGUGAAAAAUAUUGUCGCUCCCACACGCUAUGAGCGCGAACGCGCUGCAUUUAAAAACCGGCCGCGAAAGGUGCUGAACUUGGAGGAGCGCGUACUGGCGAUACGUUUAUAUCAGGAGACUCCCGUCUAUCAGCGUAUAGCUUCUAUUUUCAAAUGCAGUUGGGAGCAGAUACGCAAUGUUAUCGCCAAUCGUGACGACAUUCUCCGCUAUUAUGGCGAAUGCCAAACUGUCACACCGAAGGACUCGGCACAAUAUGCACGCAAUAAAAAGAUCAAUUUCCUCGGCAAUAUCACAUAUGAAUUUGUACGACGUGCAUACUACCAUCGUGACUUGGUACUCAACGAUGACAUACUGAGGCAGCGUGCGAUUAAAUUGCGCGACAUACUCAAAAUUGAACAAUUCCAUCCGAAUAAUGCUUGGUUGAAUGAUUUCAAAAAGGUCUACAAUGUCGAUUGGGAUAAUUUGGAUGCAAUGAUCAUAUGUGGCAUACCGCCACGUUCGCUGGAGAAUAAAGAUUUAAUCGAAUACUGUACACGUAUGGUGGCCAAAGCUAAGGCGCUAAUUGGAAAGAUGCCCAAACAGUUGGCCAAGAAGGAGGGCGCCAAAGAUUGCGAAACGGAUGAUGACAUUUACAAUGAUGAGGCUAGUGGCAGCAUAGAUGAUAAUGAGUCUGACUCUAUGUUAGCCAAUAAAUACGAUGAUGUGACAGUUGUCAACGAAGUAGAUGACUUUACUGGCAUGUAUGUGGACGCGUCCGAUAUUCAUGAAAACGAGGAGGAGCCCAGCAUCAGUUACGCCGAUUACGAUUGCAAUGAAGAGAUGCUAAACUUGAAUGCCAUUGAUGGCGAGCCAAAUGAAACAACAAACGAACAAAUAACAAACGAAUCUUUCCUUGGGGAUGUCCAGAUAAAACAAGAACGCCGUAGUCGUAGUAGAAGCCCGCCAUUAUUAUCGCCAUUGACCGUGACGAGUAGCGCGAGUACGUAUGGCACAGAGGCGGCGGCUGGUAGUGGAAAAUGUUUAAAACGCAAGGCAAUUGAUACACCACCAACAACGCCCUCGUCAGCGUUGGGUGUGAAGUUUGUGAAGAGAGAACCGUUAAGCAGCUAUAAGGAAGCCUUGCGAGUUUUGCAACCUUUAGAAGAUUUUGCAUUGCUGAAGGAAGAUUUUCACGUAUUAAAUUUAUUGCAGCAACUGACGCUUGUAUUGGAGAAAGGCGCCAAACGACUAAAUGCUAAGAAUUAAGUAGAAAUACAUAUCCAUACAUAUGUACAAAAGCCAGAAUAAACUUAAGUAAACAAUUCAAA